AUGAUGCACGAAGAAGAGGAAGUGGAAGCGGAAAGGAUGGAAUUUAUUCUGAGUCAAAAGCCGACGAGGAAGCCCGGCUCGAAGUACGGACGGGUGGCCCUCUUGCACGGGCACAGCCAUCAGCACGAGCAGGAGCUUACGCCAUUGCCCGAUUCGACGACUUUUCUCGAUCUUCCUGGAUUGCUGUUUGGGUCUGAUGAUCAGAUACCCCCAAUCUACGAUGCGGACAACAGUUUAUUCACACACAAUGGCGCCGCGGUCAAAGAGGAGCCCGAUGCGAGCGAAUUGGCGUUCCCCCUCCGUCAACCGAAACCGGAACCGGAAGACGUUUCAACGACCGAGCUUGUUUUUCCGGUCCCUGACCCCGUAACCCCGCAGCUGGACCUCGAGAAGCGGAUUUUUAUUGGUGAUAAUGAGAUCAGCAACUCGCUCGGCGAAAUUAUCGCCGCCCUGAAGCUGCGCUUCCCGCCCGGUGACCCCGACGUUUGGAUGUUUGUCAGCCAUUUGGUCGAGGAUCCCGCGAACCAA